CUCGAUCGUUCAAACAGCAAGCGCGUGAAAGGUUAGAUGAUCGGUAUCGCGCGGGUUCUUUAUAUAUUAACAAAUUAACGUAUUACGUAUGCAUACGCGUGCAUCCGUACGUACGUACGUGCGUGCGUGCGUGCGUACAAAAAACCACAAUUGUAUGAUAUGUAUGCAUACGUAAUGUGUACAUAAUUGUAUUGCAUCAAAGUGUGAUUUGACUUGCUGCACGAUUGACUCAUUCGCACACGAAACUUUGCACGUUGUGAAUAUCAAGUGAAAAUCGUCCGAUAAACUCUCGUGUUUAUAAUAUAGUUACGCGUAGAGUACGUCAUGAUGUGUAUACAAUAAAUUGAUAAGCGUUUUUGUAGAUUGUAUAAAUAGGAAAAGAGGAUAUACGUACUCGGAAAUUAGAGCUUUUUACUAUUAUUACAUAUUUCUUGUUAACCGGCAUUUUUUCUACUACGAGCCGCGUAAAUGUAUGGUUAACAAUUGAGUGGAAGUUCGCAUCGUAUAGUGGUUAGAUUUUCGAUUUCAAGAUGUAUCGCAAGCACAAGCUCGAGGUGGAAUACUUGACAGAAGAACAUCUCACAGGGUUUGAGAGUUACAAAUAUAGCUCUUUGGACACGAGUCCCCUGAGUGUCUAUGUUAUGCAUCCCUUUUGGAACAAAGUAGUACAGUUUUGUCCAAAAUGGGUAGCUCCAAAUGUACUAACUUUCUUUGGAUUUCUUUUCACUGUGUUAAACUUCAUGUUGUUUGCAAUUUAUGAUUACUAUUUUUAUGCGUCAAGUGAUGACAAACCGCAGUACCCUCCGAUACCACGAUGGGUUUUCGCUCUAGGUGCUUUUAACAUUUUUAUGGCGUAUACGCUUGAUGGGAUAGAUGGAAAGCAAGCAAGGCGCACACAAACAUCUGGUCCUUUGGGGGAGCUGUUUGAUCAUGGUUUAGACAGUUGGACAGCCAUGUUGAUUACUGUGUGCAUGUACUCAGUGUUUGGCAGAACAGACCACAGUAUCUCGCCAAUACGAAUGUACUUCAUACUAUGGAAUGUAUUCUUCAACUUUUACCUAAGCCACUGGGAAAAAUAUAACACAGGCGUGUUGUUUCUUCCUUGGGGAUAUGAUGCUUCCAUGCUAGCAACUGUCAUAGUAUUUACUCUUACCAGCAUAGGUGGGCACGAAGCCUGGAAAUUCGAAUUGCCAGGUGGUGUGUCGGCGGGCAUAAUGUUUGAAAUGUUGUUUUACGUCAGCGCGCUCGUAUCCAAUCUGCCAGUUGUUCUUUGGAACAUAUACAAAUCUUAUAGGGAUAAAACUGGCAAGAUGCGUACAUUCCCGGAGGCGAUAAGGCCCUUGGUGCCUUUGAUUUUACUCUUUGCGAUUUCUACCAUCUGGAUAGUGCAUUCUCCAAACAAUAUUUUAGAGAAAGACCCAAGAAUAAUAUACUUCGGCAUUGGCACUAUUUUCUCCAACAUAUGUUGUCGACUAAUUGUGUCGCAAAUGAGCAACACCAGAUGCGAGAUGUUACCAUGGAUACUAUUGCCCAUCGCAGUGGCUGCCACAUUUUCGUUUAUUUUGCCUAAUCUGGAUCUGGAAACUAUAUAUGUAGUCUCCAUAGUGGCCCUGCUGUCGCAUAUUCACUAUGGCGCUUGUGUGGUACGCCAGAUGUGCCGUCACUUUCGCAUUCAAACGUUUUCAAUAAAAGAUCAUUCCGAAUGACUACUUGCCGACGAUACGUGUUAGAAAAACGAAGAGACCGCCAGAUAUAUAAAAAGAUUUAUAAAAAUCGAGAGUAAGAGAGGCAAACGGAAGAAAAGAUCUGACACACAUGAAAAUACAUAAAUCUGUCAUAGUAAAACUAUCAGAGGUAUUAAUUACCAUGACGAGACAUAUUUAUGGAUUUAUAGAACAAGUAACAAGUACAGUUUACAUAAGAUACGAGAUAGAUGUGCUACUCGUAAAUAGAGAAAGAGAAAGAGAGAGAAACCUAGCGUUACUUUAUUUAUUUCGCUUAUCAUUAUAUAAUAUCAUAUAUCUCCGAUAAAGAAAACUUACGAUAUGAUUUAGCAGUUUUUUCGUCUUUCAUGAUAUAAAAUAAAUUAAUGGUUUCAUUAAGCAUAAGCAAGAAGACAAGAUUUUUUAACAUUAACGAAAAAUACGAUCGUGAAAUUUUGAUAUAACAUUCUAGUAUUUACUAAGUAGAAUUGUUGUCGAUUUAUAACCACAAUAUUUCAGCGCAUAAAUGUCUAUCUUGAAUUGUGAGAUAGUGUUUAACAUUAUGCAAUCAAGGCUGACUGGUUUAUACAUAUAUACCUUACAUAUUUUUUUCAACUCUUCACACGUUUCAAUGUCUCUUAACACGUUCGCUACUACGCAGUUUAUUUAAAGAACUCUCUUCAUAAUUCACUCCAUAUUUUUUUAUGUAAUUUUGUAAAAUAAUCUUAGAGUUCGAUAAUGCGGAUAUAGAAAAAGAAAUAUUUGCCGUCACACAUAUGUGACAUUGACUUAUAGUGAGAGUUUGUUGCGUCACACAUAUGAGACGUUAGUAACGUACGUGUAAUAAAAAACUAAUGAGAGUGUUAUAUAUCUCGUAACGACUUAUUCUCAUAAAAAAAUUCGUUACCAUGAAGUGUUGUUUACUUGUUUCUAUGCGUCACGAACAAAGUUACCCGAGUCUGCUUGAUCAUUCUUGCUGUGAUACAUUUAAUUAUGUUCUUUUUAUCAUCAUUUUUAUAUCUUUCUCUCUCUUUCUUCUUUGCGCUGUUCGUUUUAGUUCCAUUAUUAUUUCUGUAUUUUGAUGCUGCAGAUUCCUUGAAACAAUUUACAGCAAUAAAAAAUAUAUAAGAACAGUUUGUACAAGAACAGUCUGGUGCUUAAGUGAAUUGGUUGCUAUAAGUAUACUGCUCGAAAUAAUUAGGGAGUCGUGUUGUUGAUCAAACUUGAUUGAAUAAAAUACUGUAGGAAAGUAAGUUCGAGAAUUUCACAUUUAUAUAAACGUGUUGCUGAGAAGAAGUUUAAAAUAUUAAAUAUCUAUUGAAUGAUUCAGGUAUUUUAAAAAGUAAUAAUAUAAAAUAAUUGCAUAAUUAUUUUUUAUAAUUUCAUAAUUAUUCUCUAACAAUUCUUUUUAAUCAUAUGGAUAUGAAAUUAAUGUAAUUGUCUUGUAUGCAAAUGUGAUAAUUAUAUAAGUUACAUUUAUUUAUAGUUAUAUUUAGUGAUAUUAUUCCUCUAAUUAUUUAAUGAGCAGUAUAACACUGGUACAUCGUAAUAUUUAUUACAUUAUUUACAUUUAUGAUAGAAUAGAUGCAUAUCCAGGUGAAAGAGAAGGUAAAAGAAAAAACAAAGUGUAGGGAAUCAAUAGAAGAUAAGAAAAUUCAAUAAGAAGUUGAAUUAGCAAAGUGAAAUAUAGGAAACGUAACUGAAACGAACAGAUAUUUAAGCGAGUUUGUACUAACAGCGCUUAUAUUUGAUCUUCAAAGCGUUUUCGUCAUGUCCACUCCAUUUAAAAUUGUGUGUGCAAAUACUUUUUCUUUUGAACGCUGCCGAGAAUUCGUCGAACGAUAGACUGUAAAUGCACCUCUUCGUUUUAACAUGUAUCGUCCCUCGGGCACUAUUAAUAUACCAAUAGUGUAAUAACUAUUUUACUUUCUCGUUUCUUUUUUCUAUUUUCUUUGUAAAUGAUUGGAACGUGUAUAAAUUAUUGUGCAUUUAUACUAGUUUUAAUCAUAAAAUUAUUUUCAUAGAACUUUAAGUCGUAUUUAGCAGGAGCUAAUGUAUAUGACAUGUAUAUGACUGAGAGAAGAUCGAGUAUAUCGGUGUAUAUUUGUGUUAAGAUGUUUACAUACUAUUAUUUCGAAUAAUGUACACGAAGAACCGCGAUGCAAGUUCUCGAUAAGCAAAAUUAGAUAUUGGGGUAACAUUGAUAAUCAUUCUUUUUAUGUUUGUUCUAAUUAUUUGAGAACACAGAUCUCUCUUUAGUUAUUGUUAUAGAUAUAUUUAAAAUAACUCAAAAAAUACUAUUCUGGAAUGUAAAGUAAAAUACAUUUAGAUAAACUGCAGGAAGCUCAAAAAGCAAAACUUAUUUAACGAAUAGUUGUUUUUUUCAAAUAAUUUCAAUUUUCAGUUGAUACUUGACUAUACUAUGUACACAAUACAGUUACAGUGUAUUAUUCAACAGCGAUAUAUCCAAAGAUCUAAAAUAUAUCUAGAGUAACAUAGAAUAAAAGAUAUUUUUACAAAGUAA